AUGGUCAAAUCUCUUAUCCAAAAUGUUUGUCACAUCGCUAAAUGCGAACAGCAGAAUACCACGAUUAUGAACGUGGUCAUUAACGAAGAUUCUUUCAACGACUGCAUGGCACAUAACCUGAAAAGGGUACGUAAGAGUCCUAGAUGUGUAAUUAGGUCAACCGUCAGAUCUCAUAUUGGAAGUUCUAAGCUUGCUUUUCUCCUCGUGGGAGCAAACUUGGUCUACACAUGCUUAGGGGUGGAAUGUAAGCAGGUCAUCGCCAAUAAAACCGAACGGCAGGUUAUCACACCCGCUGGUCCAUGUGGAUAA